AUGAGUCCGACCGUUAUCCAUUCCGUCCUCUUGUUCGACGGCCAUAAAACUCAAUCCAACGCAACUGUCGUUUUCGAUUCGAACAGCGGCAAGAUCACAUCUGUCUCGACUGGUUCUGGCAGGGCUCAACACCCCCAAGGCGCAACCAUCAUUGAUGGGACAGGCCACAGUCUUCUUCCAGGACUGAUUGAGUCUCACAUGCACUGCCACCCCCUGCAUCUACCUCCAGGAUCUGACGAGUCGACAAUCUUGAGAUCUCCCCUGAAAUGCGGCGUCACCACCGUCUGCGACAUGCACUCUGACCUGGCAUCUGUACAAAAAUGGCGCACAGAGAUCGCCGAGGAACUUGCACAGGCCAAGAAAGGAGAUGGCACAGUCACUUUAUCUGACUUAAAAAGCUCGCUCUAUGGUGCCACUAUUGAGGGAGGGUGGCCAAAACCGAUCGUCCUGGCCGGUCAUCCGACCGAGGAGGUGAUUGAAAUGGUCAAGCAAUGGCCUAGUUUGACACCAGAGACUGCAGCAGAUUAUGUCAAGAACCACAAGGCGAACGGGGCAAACUAUAUCAAGCUAAUGCAGGAGAAUUGCUGUUCCCUCGCCAUCCCCACAAAUUCGAUACCAGUUGCCACCCUCGAGCUCCAAACCUCCGUUGUCAAGGCAGCCCAUGCGAAUGGUCUUCCGUGUGUUGGACAUGCACUGAGCGUUGACAUGACUGAGAUUGUCCUCAAAGCCGGAGCGGACGGUCUCACCCACACCUUCGUUGAUCAACCUCUCCCGCAGCACAUCAUCGACCUCUACAAAAAGACUGGCGCAUUUGUGAUUCCUACGUUAACUGUAUUGGCCAGCCUGACGGCCGAACUACAGGAUUGGAGGGAGCGGUUUGCUGAUCUGGCAUACAAAAAGGGAGUCAUUGACGAGGCGACCAAACAGAACAUGGUCGAAAUGCUCGGCAUGAAGGAUCCAGCCGCCAAGUUGGAAUAUGCACUGAACACAGUGGCAAAAUUCAAGAAAGAAGGCAUCGAUGUCGUUGCGGGGACAGAUGCCGUAGCAGGUCUAAAGGGCACUGGAAUCGGCCCCAGCCUGUGGAUGGAGCUGGAGUUGUACACUCAGAAAUGCGACUUCACCAUCCCGGAAGCUUUGAGCUCUGCAACGGCAGUAGCCGCGAAGAGAUUUGGCUUCGCCGAUCGUGGAGAAGUAACAGAGGGUAAACGGGCCGAUCUUGUCCUUGUGAAAGGAAAUGUCACCGAGAGGCUGCAGAACCUGUGGGAAGGCGAGGGUAUUGUCGGAGUGUGGAAAGAGGGCCUCAAGGCUGCUUAG